AUGGCCUCCGAAUCGCGGCUCUACACCUUCUCCCAGGAGACAAAGGAUCACCUGCGCAAGUUCCGCCUUGGAACCUCGCGAUCCAACGACCCUCAAGCUGUCAUAUACUACAUUGAUAAGAACACGCACGAGAUCAAGCAGGACGACGACAGGGUUGUGUACAAGUCGCUCGAGGAGAUUAGCGACGACCUCCCGGACCACAGCCCGCGCUUUAUCCUGCUGAGCUACCCGCUCACAUUGCCCUCCGGCCGCUUGUCGGUCCCAUACGUCCUACUCUACUACCUCCCCAUCACCUGCAACAACGAGAUACGGAUGCUGUAUGCUGGCGCCAAGGAGCUGAUGCGGAAUACGAGCGAGGUCGGCCGCGUGAUUGAUAUUCAGGAGGCGGAAGACCUGGAGGAAAUACCGCAGAAGUUGGGCUCUGCGUGA